AUGGAAGAUCAAAUAGCAGCUGAAGUAGAAAGGAGACUGAAGAAGAUGGCUAUUGAUACUCAAGCUGUGGUACAGGUUCAACCGGUUCAACCAACUCAAGCUAGUAAUUGCGAAAUUUGUGGAGGACCUCAUCUUACCGCACAUUGCGUUGCAACCGCACAACAAAUUGAGGAGAUCAAGUUUCUAAGGCAGAACAACCCUUAUUCAAAUACAUAUAAUCCGGGUUGGAAAAACCAUCCAAAUUUCUCAUGGAAGGAUCAACAAGGAAAUGUGCAGAACCAACCACUGCAACAACAAUUUCGACCUCAGCAACAACAACCGUAUCAACAACCUCAACAACAGUUUCAGCAACAGGUACCAAGAAAAGUUGAUUGGGAGAUUGCCAUUGAGAAGAUGGCCGUUCAAAGCUCUCAAUUUCAAGAAGAGACUCGAAGUAAUUUAAAAAACACAGGUGCUUCAAUUAAGAAUCUUGAAAUACAGAUGAGUCAGAUAGCACAACAACUAGCGGGUUCUCAACAACAGGGCGUUUUACCAAGUUCUACGGUUACUAAUCCAAGAGAAAAUAAUCAUGUGAAUGCGGUGACCACAAGGAAUGGUAAGUCGAAAGAAGUACCUGAGAAGAGUUCUGAAGAAGAAGACUUAUUGCUUGAAGUUGAUCUAGAGAUAAAAGAAAAUGAGGUUGCAAAUGAAGAGGUUACUAGUGAUGAAAGAGUGGUCAAAGAUAAAGUUAUUAAUCCAAAAAUGGCUGUCAAACUACCAUUCCCAACAAGAAAUAAGAAGAAAGGGCAGCACGAGAAAAACUUUGAGAAGUUCUUGGAGAUGUUUAAAAAGCUUGAGCUCAACAUUCCUUUCUUGGAGGCGCUUGAGCAAAUGCCUACCUACGCAAAUGCCAUCUUGCAAGGUAUGAAGAUUCUGGUGAAAAAGAAGGAUCGAGGUUCUGUGAUUAUUCCGUGUACCAUUGGAGAUAGGUCAUUCAAGAAAGCUCUUAUUGAUUUGGGAGCGAGUGUAAGUCUUAUGCCGCUAUCCAUUUAUAAGAGAUUGGGGAUAGGUAAAUUUCAAGAUACAAGAAUGACACUCCAGUUUGCUGACCACUUUGUGAAGAGACCAUAUGGGAUAGUAGAAGAUGUGCUAGUAAGGAUCGACAAGUUUGUGUUUUCGGUGGAUUUUUUCAUUUUAGAGAUGCCGGAAGAUGAAGAGAUACCAAUCAUUUUGGGGAGACCAUUUUUAGAGACCGGGAGAUGUUUGAUCGACAUAGAAGAAGGCACGAUGACUUUGAAAGUGUAUGAUGAAGAGUUAAAAAUUGAUGUGCGAAACACCACGAAGUACAAGGAUGAUGUUGCCACUAGUCAACAUAUUAAGAUAAUUGAUCAAAUAUGUGAGAAGAAAAAUUGCUUGACAACACAAAAAUUACCUUUGGAAAGAGUGUUGAGUUUAUCAAUUUUUAACGAAGAGGAAAUAGUUGAGGAGAAAGAUAUGGAAGUAGUAGCCAUGAUGGAAGCAUCAUCACCUUUCAAAGGUUAUCGACACAACCGGUGGGAAGAUUUAAGGCAACCCUUAGUUUAA